AUGGGCAAGUGUCAAGGUCAUAUUGCCAGGAAGCUCUGCAGCCACCAUCAGGACCAGAAGUGGCACGAUAAGCAGUACAAGAAAGCCCAUCUGGGGACAGCCCUGAAGGUCAGCCCCUCAGGAGGCACUUCACAUGCAAAGGGAAUUUUGCUAGAAAAUGUCAGAGUUGAAGCCAAACAGGUAAAUUCUGCCAUCGGGAAGUGUUUCAGGGGCCAGCUGAUCAAGAGGAGCAAGAAACUCACAGCUUUCUUACCCAAUGAUGGUUGCUUGAACUUUACUGCAGAAAACGAUGAAGUUCUGGUGCUGGAUUUGGUUGCAAAAGGCCAUGCUGUUGGUGACAUUCCUGGAGUCCACUUUAAAUUUGUCAAAGUAGCCAAUGUCACUCUCUUGGCCUUAUGCAAAGGCAAGAAGAAAAAACCAAGAUGA